GUCCAGAGGUUUAUUUCUGAUUAGUCUGAACAACAAACACUGGAAUAGUGAUGCUCUGACCUUUGCUCUUUGUCUUUGAAAGCGGGUGGGGAAAAUGGGGAUUCAAAAAGCAAACAUUUGAUGGUUAGACCUGAAAAGGCCCAGACUUGGCCAAGGCACAUAUUUUAGGAUGCAAAGGAUGGUGCUUCUGCUAAUUCUAGUGGUGCUUGUCGGAUCAAUAUGGUCCCUCCAGAUGGACCCCGUGAUGGGAAAGAGUCCAGUAACAACACAGGAGAACUUUGAUUUGAAACAGCCAGUUUAUUUAAAAUAGAUUUUCUUUGUGUUAUUAACCACCUCUGUGAAAACUUUUUACAUUUGCCACAUCAGUUCUCCUGCAGAUGGCCUAGAUGUAGAGCAAGGUUGUGUAUCUUCCUUUCAGUUUACAGGACGGUGGUUUGAAAUAGCUGUGGUGUCUACAUGUCCUUACUACAUGCAGCGCAAACAGAGAAACCCUACCAUUGUGGCGCUGGAAGUGAAUCAUGUCCCUCCUCAGGAAAACUUUACAAUGACAGCAUCCACCUUCAGUAAUGGCACAUGUAGGGAGACAUUGACAGAUUUUAGUUUGACCAGCACUCCAGGGCGAUUCUUUCACCAUGUUGCAAGAUUUGGAGCAGAUGUCGAUUCCUUCGUCGUUCACACCAACUAUAAUGAAUACGCUCUGUUGCUGCAGCUGAGCACAGAGAAACCAUCAGGAAAUCAAACCACCAUAGUCAAGCUUUACAGUCGAACUGUAAGCGUUAAUCUUCCUGUUCUGGAAAAAUUUAAAGAACUCAUCAGACAUCAUGGACUGAGUGAAGAUGCUAUUAUCAUAAAUCAACAUGAAGGGGACUGUUUUCCAGGUGAACAAUGGAAGGAGGCAGCUACCAGCCAUCAGGUUUUUGUUCAUGAAAACUCCAAACUGAAUAUUUCUGCAAAGGAGAACCAAGGUGAUGUCUGAUCAGGUGACAAAUGGGUCAGUGGUAGAAAUUUGCCACAUUGGUUCACAUUUGACCGGGAUGUUAGAGACUCUACAUGAAACACAGCAGCAGGAGGAAAAGAACAAUGAUGAACAACCUAACGAGUAAAAGCCAUUAACUACAUUUUUACUGAUAAUGGAGUGCAGUCUUUCAAUUUCUCUGUUUUCUUUUUUAUAACAAAGUCUGUAUCUUAUCUUCAGAAAGCGUUUUUCUUUACUUUAGAUUUUCAAAUGCUUUCCACAGUGAGAACGCAGUGAAGCAGCUGAUUUUGUUUGCAACAGGACACAGUUAACUUUUUAUUUUCAU